AUGGAAAAUUCGAGGAUCCCACCGUUUUCUGAAACAAAGAGGAAGAAGACUCCUACUCCAAAGCAACCCUUGACUCGAAUCGGGAAAAAGGACUCAACGAGGAGCAAAUCGGAUCAUGUUUAUGCAAUUUCAAAUCAACCCGAGAUGAUGUCUAAUUCAGAUUCAUCUUCCGGAAACGAGUACAGAGCACUCAGGAGAAAGUAUUUGCUUCUGGAGGAAGACAGUUUCGCAUUGGAGAGAGAGUUAAAGGAAGCUGAGGAUCAAGUUAAAGCACUUGAAGAUGAGAAACUUGAGCUUUUGGACAAACUUGUUGUAAUGGAAGGUUUAGUUGAUCCUUGA